UGAAAGACACAGCUUUGAAAAAUCACAAUAUAAAUAAAUAAAGAGAGAAAAAACUGUGGGGAGAGAGAAGGCAAAAACCAUCUCCAUUGUCUCUCUUUCGAAUCUAAUUAAUUUCCGCCAUUAGCAUGACUUUGUGUUCACUUAAACAAACCCAGUAGAAAUCGGCUCCAAAUCAUCAAUUACUCUCCGAGUUCAUUUAAACAACGCACACUGCACUGUACCAGAGUCGAAGCAAAGUAGAGCCCGCACUGCUACGAUGUCGAUGGGCUUGAUCGCGUGAUUGUUUCCACUCUCAAUCGGUGUUGUGGGAGGGGGACUGUAAUGAUGUCCAGACCAAUGGUGCUUGUGUUUCUGAUGCUUAUACUGAUAAUUACCUCUCAAUUUGAAUGGAAGCAACAACUUGUAAACGAUAUCGAUGUGAGUCCGAAUGUGUCUCAGAAGCAGCUACAAGUUUCAAAUAGGGAAGAAACUGUGAAGGAGAAGAUUAUAUUAUUACAAGAGAAGAACAUUCAGAGACUUAAUGAGCUCGUGCAGAGUCUUCGAGAACAACUGCUAUGGUGCAGGAGCAAUAAUGAGACGAUGAAUGGCACUGUAAGCUCGUUGGCUGAAAAUGUUAUGGAGCUUGAAAGGCAGCAGAUUCUGGAGGAUUAGACAGGGACCCUGAAUUAUGGUAUGUGGAAGUAAUGACCGUCCUUCCGCUGUUUUACUGUUUCUCAUAGCUCCUUUGCGUGUAAAAUUCACAUAAUUUACUGUUAACUGUAAUCAUAAUGUUGGGACCAACCCACUGUGACCUGUUAAUAGUGAUGACUAUGUAAUAAGUCCAUUUGUUCUAGGGUGGAAAAUGGCUUCGUGGUAGUUGAUUGAUUGGUUUCGUUUCGAAGAA